ACGGGAUGGGUUCGCACAGGCUGAAACCAUCCCGAUCCCAUUAAGGCUUUUUUUUUUAAGAAAAAAGUGGGAUGAAGGUGGAGGCUAUUACGUGGAUGUCGUUAACUUCGAUUGCCGUGUCCUCCGUGACCGUGCUACUCGUGUACCUGGCGAUACCAUCUGCACACGAUCGAGCUGUGAAGCAUCUACCAACGCCAGAAGGAGACUAUCCAAUCCUGCGCCACACUUUGGAGAUCAUCAAGGCGCAGAAAUCAGGGAAAUCCCUCGACUGGGUUCUGAAGUACUGCCACAAGUACAAGGGCAAGCCAUGGUGUCUUCGGAGCGUGGGAAAGUACCCAUCGAUCGUAGUCUGUAGCUCUGAAGCUUUCGAGGACAUUCAAAAGACACAGUUUGACGCAUUCGACAAGAGUCCGUUUGUCUCGGAAGCCUUGUACGAUGUGCUGGGUCAAGGCAUUUUUGCUAUCAGUGGGCCACUGUGGCAGCACCAGCGCAAGACUGCGAGUCACUUGUUCACAGCUCAAAUGAUGCAGUACGCAAUGGAAGUAGUUGUGCCUGAUAAGGGCGAAGAACUGGCGAAACGACUUAACGGCAUUUGUCUGACGGAGAAAGAAUCCGAGAGAGUUGUGAACAUGAAGCGACUCUUAGAUUUGUACACCAUGGACAUCUUUGCCAAGGUCGGGUUUGAUGUAGAUCUCAAUGGCGUCGAGUCUGACGAAAACGCAGAGCUGCUCGAUGCGUUCGAGCGAAUGUCUUUGCGGAUGUUGGAGCGGAUCCAGCAGCCGAUGUGGGUUUGGAAGUUGCUACGCUGGCUGAACGUUGGCGCCGAAAAACAGUUGGCUGAAGACGUCAAAGUGGUGAACGAUCUAGUCUAUGGCGUGAUCUCUCGCUCAAUUGAGGAGAAAAACCGUCAGGGAGUAAAAGAAAACAGUCGAAAAGACCUCAUCGCUCUUUUUAUUGAGAAAUCCGAGAUCGAGUACACCAAGGGUGUUCACACCACAAAGGACCUCAAGUUGAUGCGCGAUUUCGUCAUCAGCUUCCUAGUCGCUGGACGGGAGACGACAGCAACGACCAUGUCGUGGGUCAUCUUGUUGCUAAACAGAUAUCCGGAGGUUCUAGAACGUAUCCGACAAGAGAUCAGAGACAAGCUUCCUAACUUCGCGAGUGGCAAAAUGCGCUCUCCAAAAAUGGAAGAUAUCCAGCAACUUGUCUACCUGGAGGCAGUUGUCCGAGAAACACUGAGACUUUUCCCUGUUGUUGCUGUGUCUGGACGCUCCGCGACGAGAGAUGUACGUCUCUACGAAGGCACAUUGAUCAAAGCAGGGACGCGAAUGAUCAUGCCUCACUACUGUAUGGGCCGCAUUUCGACAGUAUGGGGGCCAGACGUCGAUGAGUUCAAGCCGGAGCGUUGGAUUGACCCCAUUUCAGGGAAAAUCAAGAUGGUGUCGCCGUUCAAGUUCAGUGUGUUCCUUGGUGGGCCGCGCAUAUGCCUGGGUAUGAAGUUUGCGCUGGCGGAGGUAAAGAUCACACUCGCUAAGCUCUUGAGUCAGUUCAACUUCAAGACGUUGAAAGAUCCAUUCGACUUCACCUAUCGCUCGUCGCUCACGCUGCAGAUUAAGGGCCCACUCGACGUCGCCGUGUCUCGAGUCAACAUUUGAGCAGCUCACGCGUAUUGUAGUUUUCGUCUCUAAACAAUGUCAAUGUAGCCAUGAUAAAGCUGCA